CCUCUCUGCGCCUGGCCUGCCCCCUCCGCCGGUUCAGGGGAACGUGUGCGGAGCGAUUGUCCUGGGGGACAUUUGAUGGAUUAGAGCGCUGAACAGUUCCAUUGCUGGGGGACCACCUGAUCUCCUCCAGCCUGCGUCCCAUAUAAAGCCGACAGCCGGAGUGCUGAGCACAGCUCCAGCGACCGCCAGUGUGCGCGCCGCCGCCGCCGCCGCCGCCGCCGCCGCCGCUGCCGCGCCCGAGCGGCACCCGAGCCGGAGCCGAGGCCGUCGCCACCCAGCCGGCUCCGCGGCGGCCCGCCCGCUGGGAGCUGUCCAGUGCUGAAGCCCGCGCCGACAGCCAAUCGCGCCGGCCGGCUGCCUCCCCCACCGGGCCGCCAGUGCCCCGCGAGCCCCCCGCCCGGCGGCACCAUGCCGCGUUCCUUCCUGGUGAAGAAGAUCAAAGCGGAUGGCUUCCAGUGCAGCGGGGUGCCAGCCCCCACCUACCACCCCCUGGAGACUGCCUACGUGCUGCCCGGCGCCCGCGGGCCUCCGGGGGACAGCGGUUAUGUGGGGCACUGCCUGCCCCCCAGCGGCUACGAUGGCGAGCAGAAGCCUGGGCUGGAGCUGGCGCCCGCCGAACCCGCAUACCCGGCCGCGGCGUCGGAAGAGUACAGCGAUCCCGAGAGCCCGCAAUCCAGCCUGUCGGCGCGCUACUUCCGCGGGGAGGCGGCCGUGACCGACAGCUACUCCAUGGACGCCUUCUUCAUCUCCGACGGGCGCUCACGGAGGCGCCGCGCCGGGGCUAGCGGGGACGCGGCAGGUGCGGGCGACGCCGGCGGCGGCGGCGGCGGGGAGCGCGCGGGUCGCUCGGGGGCGACAGCGGGCGGCGGGCAUCGGCACGCAUGCGCAGAGUGCGGCAAGACGUACGCCACGUCGUCGAACCUGAGCCGCCACAAGCAGACGCACCGCAGCCUGGACAGCCAGCUGGCGCGCAAGUGCCCGACGUGCGGCAAGGCCUACGUGUCCAUGCCCGCGCUCGCCAUGCAUGUGCUCACGCACAACCUGCGCCACAAGUGCGGCGUGUGCGGCAAGGCCUUCUCCCGGCCCUGGCUGCUCCAGGGCCACAUGCGCUCGCACACCGGCGAGAAGCCCUUCGGCUGCGCGCACUGCGGCAAGGCCUUCGCCGACCGCUCCAACCUGCGCGCGCACAUGCAGACGCACUCGGCCUUCAAGCAUUACCGCUGCCGCCAGUGCGACAAGAGCUUCGCUCUCAAGUCCUACCUCCACAAGCACUGCGAGGCCGCAUGCGUCAAGGCUGCCGAGCCGCCGCCCCCCGCCGGCCCGGCCAGCUGAGCCUCCGCUACGCUGGGUGCCUGCAGAGGCUUCUCCCACCCCUCAGUCUAGAGUCUCCCCUGCCUGCACCCUCGGCGGGGUGAGGGUGAACCCCAUCUUGACCCAGGAUUUUCUUUUCGACCCCCACCAAGCCCACCACUCAUUUCCUGCACCAGAUCCCCCUUUGCGCCCACCCACAUUGUCCAUUCUGGCCACAACUCGGACCUUGACCCCAAGUCUGGCCUUCAAGGCUCCCAACUCAGGCACCAGGUCCGUACCUCUUCGGGUCCCUGCGCUGGAAGUUUCUCUGGCCCCGACUCUAAGCUGUGCUCCUUACUAGAGCUUUCUUCUCAUUUCUCAGCUGAGUCAUUCCUCUAUUGGAGCCCUCAUUCUAAACCCGAAUGUACCCUUGACUUCCUGUCUGCCUCAGUUUCCCUGUCCACACAGUCCGAUCCUUUGGGUCUUUCUGCUGAGUGUGUGUGUGUGUGUGUGUGUGUGUGUACGCGCGUGUCCAUUCAAGAAUCUAAUCUUCACCCCUCCUGGAGUACCCUGCCUGUCCACCCCUGAGCCCCUCGAUGCUUAGGCCUUAGGUCCAGCCUCUCACACGUCCUACCUAACACUUCUGCCCUCCUUAGUUUUCCUGGAUCUCAUCAACCAUUCUACUCCCUGCUCUCUCCAGCUUCCCUCUAGUAGAUCUCCAUUCCUCAGUUUUCCUAGCUGGGAACAGACUUGGGAGGCAGCCCAGGGCUCUGCCCUCUCAGGUGACCCUUCUUACCCCAGGACAGUUCCUGCCUAGGCCUCAGGCAGGGAGCUGCACCUUUCACAGAUUAUCUGAGCACUUUCCCUCACCCCAGGACCACAGGUUCACCUCUGCACCUCACCCAUGGACUCUACCCCUCAUCUGGCAGGGCCCCUUCAGCUAUUUAUUUGUGUAUUUAUUUAUUUAUCUAUUUAUUAUUCUAUUUAAUCUCUUGGCUUCACCCAGGGACUGUCUGGCUUCCCCAGCUGGACUGGGAAGUCGAGGAGCAGGGUCAGCAAGGCCAUAGCUCGCUGCUCCUCCCCUAUGGGUCUGGGGAGAAGACCACCCUUAUCAGAGGCCUGAACUCCUUAGGACGAGGCCUGGAGAAAUGGGGGGAGGGAGCGGAGCCUGCUGAUCCUCAGCUGGCAGGGGAGGGGCCAUCAGAAGGUCCUAUUUCGGGGCAGGUCCCCGGCCUCUUGAACCUUCCACUCCGGUCCCAGGAAGCCCUUCUGGACCCUCCUCCUUUGUUUCUUAUUUAUUCCUCUUUCAGAGGGACCCCAGGUUCCAGGGACCGACUGAGCCCCGGACCCCGCUGGGGCCUCUGGCCUGCUCCCGGGAGGAGUGCUCUCUCCCGGCCACGACUAUGCAACUCUCCCGGGCAGAGGGGCCGGGACUGCCAGCCAGGCGCCUAUUGGCCACCACUACCUCCUCCACCGCGCUUUUGCAUGCCCGGGCGAGGACCGAAGCACACACCUCCGCGCGCACCGGCCCGGCCCCCUCUGCUUUAAGCACACGCCUCUACCCGCAUCCCUCUGUGUCCUCUUUGUGGACAAGAGUCCUGGACACUCAGACCUCUUUCCCCUCCCCCUAGCCACAAAAGAGGGAGGAGAAUGCAGACCGCUCCAGGCCCCUCUCUGGGGCUUCCGAGGGAUGGAGCUUCAUUCUGCCCCAGGCUCCUGGAAGGGAGGCUGCAGAGAUGGUGGGAGAGAGAGGGGUCACCAGAAGCAAUUAUGGAGGGUGCUGACCCUGUAAAUAGGAACUUCUGACAGCAAUAAUUUCCCAUGCAUGCUAAGCCUUUGGCCCCUCCCUUGCCGUACCCUCCACUCAUCCUCACCCUUAUUCCUUCCCCAUCUUCAGCAGUAUUACUUGUAACGCAAUUCAGGGAUAUUAAAGGGACU